AUAUGCUCUCUCAAGUUAUUUUGUUCCUUAACAAACUUUAGGCAAUGCUUGAAAAAUUAAUGUUAGUGUAGAAAUUUGUGUUUUCAGCAAUCCAUAAAAACAAGUUGUUUUAUAACUUCAGACACAGGAAAAACAAUAAAAGAAUUUAUUUAUUUAUUUGUUUAUUUUGUGGGCGAACUGCUUGUAUGGAGGUUCCUACCUAAUCUAGUGAGUCCCUGACCUUUUCCAUGCUCGAUACAAGAUAACUAGACCCAACCAGACAAAUGUAUGGUAGUUUUAUUUUUCUAGUACUUUUUAGUUUCAUAGAAAUAUCGUUUAUUCAUCAUUUCAAGAACCAUUUUCUCGGGUUGAUUUCCAUACCCACUGUUUUCUGUCCAAACAGGCCCUAAAUCCCCCCUAUUUUCUGGUGUAGAUUUCUCGCUUGUCUAUCUAAUUGCACAAAAGAGGGAAAAGGUUUAUUCGCCUAUGGAAUUAAUUUGUAAGCUUUGCACCAUAGACAAGAGAAUGGAUUCGCAGAGUUUCAAUAUUCCGCCCCAAGUCCCCCAACAAACAGAUGGUAUCAUCAGCAUAGAUCGUAAGCAGUACGAGGCAGCAGCCAGGGGCCAAGUUUCUGAAUUUGAACAACAUAAAGAUCGUCUUCACCGCUUAAUGACUCGAGGUGGGAAUACAGUCCUCCAUAUCCAUUUCAAAAACAGAUUAUUACCUGCUGAAAAACCACAAUCAAAGAACAUUGGGUUCAAGAUACUGUUUAAGAUGUUUCGUGCACUUAAUCAAACAAGUUGGAUAGACACACCGUCUAAGAUGUUUCCUGAAUAUAAUCAUACCGAAGAAGACAUUCCUGCACUUAAUCAUACCGAAGAAGACAUUGAUCCUGAAACAAAGUCAGCCAACUUUCUGGAAAAGAUCCUUGAGAUGCGGCCAACAUUGUUGACGCAACAGAACCGAAUCGGAGAAAAUCCACUGCACAUAGCAGCAAAAUACGGGGAUGUGUCUGCCGUGAAACUACUUAUUGAUCAAUGUGCGAAAAGUAAUAUUGGUAGUAGUGUUGAUCAUCAUGUAGACAGUGAAAGCGGUUUCUGUGGGGUCAGCAAGCAGAUGUUGUUGAGGAUGAAGAAUAACGCCGGAAACACAGCGUUGCAUGAGUCAAUAUUAAUGGGGCUUAAGCUUGACAAAUACACAGGUCAGUGGUUGAAACAUCGUGAAUUGGCAGAGAUUUUGUGUAAAGAAGAUCACAGUGAGGUCAUGUAUGAUCGUAAUGAAGCAGGCGAGACUCCUCUGUACCUAGCUGUCAAGGCAGGACUUGUUUGUGUGGUAGAAAAUGGGUUGCAAAACAUAGAUGCACAGACAACAUCUACUUGUUAUGGUGGCUACGAUGGCAAAACUAUUCUGCAUGAGGCAGUAAUAUCCGAUUUUUAUGAAAUCGAUGUUAUUCUGGAAAGAAGGAAAGAGUUAUGCAGAGUAGCAGAUGAUGAAAAACGUUGGGUUCCAUUACAUUAUGCUGCAAACCUGGGAAGAAAACGUGCAAUUACAAUGUUGUUAGAAUGCGAUCCAUUUGCAGCAGGCAUCCAAGACGAAAAUGGUCAGAUACCACUUCAAGUAAUAGCUGAUCCCGAAAUUUGUCGUUCGUUUAUAAAAGAAAUUAUAUCAUGGUCUCCAGGUUGUUGUCAAUCAUUAAUGGUCAAUGAGAAAUUUUAUCAUGAUGACCACACAACUGCCAACGAUUUCGACAAGAUCACAAAAAGAGACCGUCGAAAUAUCGAAUACUUUGGUAGCAAUUUUAUAGAAUUUAAAGAAGAAACCAAAAAUGCUUUCAAGAUUUGGAAAAAGACGUUCAAUGAUGAUAAAAGGCCAGCUAUGGAAAAGUUGGACAAAGAAUCGACUCUAGUAGUGGCUGCCCUUAUUGCUACUGUGACAUUCGCAGCUGGUUUUACUUUACCAGGUGGUUAUGUGAGCGGCGGUGAUAACCUGCCAAGCAACGAAGGCUCACAACCACGCGCUGCUGGAAGUGCAGUUCUGAGCGAAAAUGCAGCAUUCAAGGCAUUCCUUAUAUCGGAUGCAAUAGCCAUGGCGCUUUCUAGCUGUGCUGUAUUCAUCCAUUUGUUCUUGGCACUCAAAAAAGAUCGGACAAAGGACUCGUCAUAUUUCUUGCUCGCAUUCAAGCUCAUCAUAGUGGCCAUGAUAGUCAUGGUGGUUGCGUUUAUGACAGGCAUUUAUGCGGUCUUUGGACCUUCCAAUGCAUUUGCCAUUGCUUCUUGCGUCUUCGUCAGCGUGUCUUUCUUGUUUUGCAUUCUCCAUCUCAGUUUCGUAUAUUUCAAUGACUACGCUUGUUAUUAUAUUUGUAUAUGCUUUCUCUGCCUUUUACUGCCCUUCUUCGUGAUCAUCGAGAUCUUCAUCUUCUUCGUGGGCUUCAUAGGACUCAUCCUCCAUAUUUUAUUUUCUUACAAAACUCGGAGAAGAGAUAAGGAUUCACAACCAGAGAAUUCCACUGAGAUCACAGAACAAGAAGGCCGUGAUCCACCUCCAAAAUUUGAUGAUUCAAGAAACCUAAAAACAUUACUAGAGUCUAAUGUGAAUUUAGAGACUCCCUCCAUAAAUGAAGAAAGUGCGAAACUAUCGGAAAUGGCCAACAAUUCAGAAGCUGAAAAAGGCGACAACGCCGUCUGAUCCGAUGAGCAGUGACUGAGUACUUAGCUGUCAGCGCACUUCGAGUGAGGGAUUAGUAAGUGGUAGCAGUUUAGAGGCAAUGUUCAGUAUGUUAGCUUGUGCAGUAUCUUGUUGUAGGCAUUAAUUCUUGUAUUUAAUGACUAGUACUUCUAACUGGGACCUUGUCUUUUCUUCUCGAGAUGUAAUUUUAUUUUCCUUUCAAAUGUUGAUCUGUAACUUAAGACUUGUUUUUGGAUGUGAAGUUGUUAGUUUGUUUUUA